CAUCACAGACACACACCGCCCCCUCCCACUCCGUGUGCCCCCGCUUCAGAUGCAACUCAAAAUACAUAAAGCCUCCAUGUUGCACAGGGCAUGUAACGUUAGGGCCAGCAGAUAUGAACUGUUUGCAUACAAGUGUUAGCUGACUUUAACGUUGAACAACUUGCGUUUGAUACAUGUUUUUAGAUAAGAACAACCCUCCGACGGGCUUCCAGGUGUUUUCAACGUUGUUCCAGACACGGCCUCACAUUUCGGAUGAUCGGAGCCUCUCAGCUAACUCGCUAACCCAAGCUACCUGCUAACUUCAGCUAGUUAGCAAUUCACCGUCGGUUGUUUUAGGUUUUCUUAGCCACAGUCGCUGUCGUUGUUGCUCACAAAAAUACAAAAUACUCGUGUGCAGCGAUGAUAUUUUGCGGAGAGUCAUAAAUGACAGCCAUUCACUGGCUUCCAUUCACCACCGCGCUAGCUGGCUGGCUACCACCGCUGCCACAACACCUCUCCUCGGACGGUCGUCUGGCUUUGUGGGCUGGUCAUCCUCAUCUUGAACAGCUAGCUAACAGGAGCUAGCAAACGGAGCAAGCGCGCUAGUACGAGUAACAUUGUGGGAAACGAAACAGGAAUAACCACCCGCCUAAAUGGACCACAUGUCCAUCAUAACCCAAGUUUCCAACCCGAAGGAGGAGGAAAUAAUAUCCUUUAACCAGGAAAAAGCGUCCCAGUCGAACAGCAGCCUAAAGAAGCAGAGGAGCCGGGGCAUCUUCAGCACAUUCUUCUGCUGCUUCCGCAACUACAAUGUGGAACCGCCAGCCACCACCAACACCAACACCAGCUCCCUGCCUCCACCUGUUGAGGAGAACGGAUCGCCUCCCAAGUGUGACCAGGUCGAGGUCAUCCCUGUCCCUAGUCCACCAGCCAAAUACCUCCUACCAGAGAUGAUAAUAUCUGACUAUGGAAAAAAGUGUGUGGUGAUUGACUUGGACGAAACACUUGUCCACAGCUCAUUCAAGCCUAUCAGCAAUGCUGAUUUUAUUGUUCCAGUGGAGAUCGAUGGUACCGUUCAUCAGGUGUAUGUGCUGAAACGACCCCAUGUGGACGAGUUUCUUCAAAAGAUGGGAGAGCUAUUUGAAUGUGUGCUUUUUACAGCCAGUCUUGCCAAGUAUGCAGACCCUGUGGCAGACCUGCUGGAUCAGUGGGGCGUGUUUCGAGCACGACUCUUUAGAGAAUCCUGCGUUUUUCACAGAGGGAACUAUGUCAAAGACCUCAGCCGGCUGGGACGAGAGCUCAGCAACGUCAUCAUUGUUGACAAUUCACCCGCCUCUUACAUUUUCCACCCCGAAAAUGCUGUCCCUGUCCAAUCCUGGUUUGACGAUAUGAAUGACACAGAGCUCCUGGACCUGCUGCCUUUCUUUGAGGGACUCAGCAAAGAAGAAGAGGUUUACGGAGUCCUGCAGAAUCUGAGAGGCAGGUAGCAGGACACACCACAGCGCCGCCCGCGCUCUCCAUCCUCGUCUCUGUUGAUCUCUGCUCCUUUCUACAGCCACAUCUCUCAGACUCAGGCAGAUCCUCCCACACGCGCCCCUCUUGUCUCUGCCCCAAGGGGACGCCUUGGAGUCUCACUGUGGAAACAUUCACGAAACCCCUUCUCUGCUCUCAUCACCGGGUGACUGGCUUCCUUCUGAGUGCCAUCAGAAAAAAAACCAAACACUAAAUAUCCCAGAAGCACUGUGUUUCACAAAAAAACACACCAGAAAGUGUACAGAGCGUCCUAAGCUGAUAAUAUUGGGGACAAAAUGCUAAGAGGAAUGAACUCUGGUCUUUAUUUUCAAACCAACAAAGUUUUACUAUUCGGUGAAGUGCUUGUUUUAAAACCAAAAAAUCCCCCAACAACUUUUUUUUCUGAAACUCCUUUUGUGGUACCACACAAAAGCCUGGAAAGAUUUUGUCCUCGUAUUGUUGCUAUGCAGGCAGUUUCUGGUAGUAGAAAGGACUGUGAUUCUCUUUUCUUACUGAAUGAAGUGCCUUGUGUGAAUGUUGUUUAUAUGGGGAGGUAUUUUGUACACAGCAUAUUUCCAGAGUACUUCAGUCUUUUCACACACAAUAUGCUUUAAGGUGGACACAGAAGUAUCUUGAUAUAAAAGUUUUACUUUAGGUUUUUUGAUCAUCAAACGCUGGGUAAAUGUCUCCAUAGUAUUCUUUUUUUCCUGGUAUGCUUGUGCCAUUAUAUAGAUGUGACUUUGUUUCUUUCUGCUUUCAUUAUAUGUAGACAUAGUUAAUUUGUUUUAGGCAAAGGAGUACGUUUGCAAUUGUGAACCUUAUGCCCCACCUGCAAGUACAGUAGUUCUUUGCGUUUGAUAGUUUGAUCUGAAAGCUCAGAUAAAAUUGUGCCAUUUGUUUUUUGUCUCUCACGUUAAUUCCCCCGCUCCCCCCCACAUCUAAUUGUAUUAUUUGCCAAAUAAGGAAAUUAUUUUUAACAGGCUUCAUAUCUUUAACAGGGAUUCAGCUAUAACUGUUAAACCAUUAGUAGUAAGUAUAGCAUUAUAGGGUAUAUUCUUUUGACAAAUAGUUGUCAAAUACAUUUGUAUGUUUUUAAUGUUAUGAGGUCCUCAUUUGUCAUGUUGUGCUUAUCAUAUGGCUAGCUUUUAGCCCACAUUGUUUUCUUUUCUUUUUUUUUCUUUUGGCACACACGAGUGGUGGAGCUUCAUCCUUCAGGGAUGAUCUUUCUCCAGAGUUGUACACAGUUGCAAAGGUAUCCCUUUUGUUGUUUCAAAUGGUCUGGGAUUUUACAGUAAAUGGGUCGAGUGCCAUGUUUUUAUUCUUUCAUAAGGACAGUGUCUUUAGGGUAUAUAGUUUAGUGUCGGGUCGAGUCUGGACAGCGUUAAAAUGGCACCAUUCUCUUGUUAUUUACAUACAGUGAUGGCCCACUCUCGUCUAGUCCUGGUGUAAAACCAGCGGAGACUAUGUGUGGUGUUUACCUUCCCAGACUCUUUUUAACUGCUCUUCACCUCAGUGCCUACGUUUUGAGAGGAGCCACAAAACCGAAUGCUGCAACAUUAGCUACCAUGGCAAUAACCUUUUCUGGGGGAGUUUCCAUCCCAAGUGUUUGGUUUGGGUGUCUAGAGCACUUGACGCAGCUAGCCAUUAGAGGUUUGGUUGACCGUAGAGGCUGGCUGAUUAUCACAAUGACUUUUAGGGUUCAUGAUGGAACUUUCAAACCUUAAUUUUCACUUUAUUUGAUCAAAAACUGGACAUACACAUUUAACUCCGUCAGUCAUUUUAGAAUAGCAUUUAAAUUAUUAGAAUGUCAAAAUGUUUUUUUUUUUUUUUUUUUCAGAGUUAAAAUACUGAAAACAACUUGAAUGUUGCUUGGUAUAUUUCAGCAACAGCAGCCAAACAACCUUGUAUAGUGAACUACAUUGCCAUAGUUAUCAUAGCUUUUGUUGUGAAAGAAAGUAAAUAAAAGGACGCCUUCCAAACCUACAGAUGGGUGCUCAGUCCUGGCCCAUCCAGACAGCCUCCAGAUGUUAGGGGCCAGCUCUAAAUGGAACACUACUGGGGCACUGCAAAAGGACUGUGAGGAACCUCAUCAUGGCAUUGACGCCUUACUGCCUGUGGAGGCACAAAGCAAUGUUUCUUCAUUAAUUCCGAGGUCACAUCUACACGUUUUAGCGUUGUCUCAUUAGUAUUUUCUUAUGGAGUGUGAACACGGCUCGGCCAUAUAUGUAGACCAUAUAUGGUCAGGUGAAUUAACAUUGUGAGACAAUAAAAUAAAGCAAUGAAGCGUGAAGAAGCUCUGUGGUCCCAUCAAGGGAUUGUACGCUCCAACAAACCUCAUUUGCUUUAUUGCUUGGUUUAUGGGUCAUGAUGUUACAUUAAAAAGACCUACGCUACUUCAUAAUUUCCAACUUUUUUUUUCUUUUUUCAAGUUGAAAGGCUGCUGCUCCUUCAGGCGUAUAGAAAUAUUUUCUUUCUCUUGCAUAAGCAUUUGUGUCGGUGGUUUCAGUGCAAUGUCCUUUUUAUAAGAAGUGUUCGGUCGACUCUUCUCAAAUCUCAAUGAUUACCUUUCGCUGAAAAAUGUUGUUUGUAUCAUUGUGAUAUUUUUCUACCUACCGUUUGUCAGUAUUUGGUUUGAAAAGUUGCAUAUUACCCAUCCAGCUUUUCCUCCUCUUCCUUUCAGAUCUGUAAUGCCCCUCUUUCUUGCCUUUGGUGAGAGUUCUCAGUCAGGUCUCGUCUUUCCUAUCAGGGGACGUGUGCGUGUGUGUGUGUGCGUGCGCGUGUGUGUAUGUGUGUGCACAGGCAUCUUGUUUGUGCUUCCUUACAGUGUUUCUUUGUGUAUCACCUCACUCAUUAUCACACAUUCAUCAUUUUGUAUUGAUUUAACACCAAAGUUCUACAACACUUGAGUUCAAGUCACUGUGCUUUUUCUUGUUUGUUUUUUUUUGUUGGCCAGGUUAUUCACAUUUUGUUUUUCUUUUAGAAACACUUGUCGGUUCUUGUUUGCUUACUUUGAGUGUUGGCAGCGUGUUGUCAUCCUGAGCAUCAGUUUUUUCUUUCUUUCCAUAAUAAAAGGCUUCAUUGAAACAA